AUGACCAUCCAAACUCCCUCGGAAAAGGGCCAGCUAGUCCCAGAGAACAUCGUGCAGCAAUCUAUACUUCAGCAAGCAGAAGCUGUCAUUGCUGCUCAGACCAAUCCCGCAAGACCCACAAGACAGGAGGCCCUCCUGCAAACGACUGACCUCAUCGAUCCCGAUCCGGCCGAGGACGACAUUCCCCCUCCUGCGUAUGGCAAUAGCUAUGGCGAGAUCCGCAACGAAAAAGACGGCCUGGGCACUAUUGCUCACGUCACCGACGACGGCCGUGUAAACAUCCACAUCAAUCAAUUCAAUCGGCGUUUGUCUCAGAUCUUUACGCCUGCUUUACAUCAACAAGCCCAGAGUGUCCAAGAUAGUCGCCCGUCUCCUCCCCCCUACAUUGACCCUUCCUUGGGAGGCAAGGAGGGAGUUUCUCCACCCCCGCACUUGAACGUCGUUAUCCAAGUUGUGGGCUCGCGCGGAGACGUUCAACCCUUCGUCGCCUUGGGCAAAGUCCUAAAAAACACCUAUGGCCAUCGCGUACGUCUGGCAACUCAUCCCAACUUCAAAGACUUUGUGCAGGAGAAUGGCCUUGAAUUCUUCAGCAUCGGUGGCGACCCCUCCCAGCUGAUGGCAUUUAUGGUCAAGAAUCCCAGCCUGAUGCCGGGCUUUCGCAGUCUACUAAGUGGAGAUGUUGGUCAGAGAAGAAGAGAUGUUGCUGAGUACAUUCAAGGCUGUUGGCGAUCAUGUUACAAAGCCGGUGACGGAAUGGAUCUUGGUGCUACAGACGAUGGCAUUUCCGAGCUCUCUGGAAGUGACCUUGGCUUCGAGCCUGCAGCAAGACCCUUUGUUGCCGACUGCAUCAUUGCCAACCCCCCAAGCUUUGCCCAUAUCCAUUGCGCUGAGAAGCUGGGCAUUCCUCUCCACAUCAUGUUCACUAUGCCAUAUUCUCCCACCCAGGCCUUUCCCCAUCCGCUGGCAAACAUUAAAUCUUCCAAUUCCGACCCUCAACUUACUAAUUACAUAAGCUAUGCUAUGGUCGAACUCCUCUCGUGGCAAGCCCUAGGCGACAUCAUCAACCGAUUUCGCGCGAAGUGUCUCGGUUUGGAUCCUGUGAGUCUGAUCUGGGGCCCCGGUAUGCUCCAUCGUCUCAAGGUUCCUCAUACCUACUGCUGGUCUCCGGCCCUGAUACCUAAACCGAAAGACUGGGGCCCUCACAUAUCCAUAGCCGGGUUCUACCUUCUCAACUUGGCCUCUAACUACACCCCUACACCUGACCUUCAGGCAUUUCUGGACGCCGGUCCACCCCCCGUCUACAUAGGAUUCGGGAGCAUUGUUUUGAGCGAUCCAAAUGCGAUGACGGAGCUCAUCUUUGAGGCCGUGAGGAAGACUGGCCAGCGUGUUCUGCUUUCCAAAGGCUGGGGAGGCAUGGGCGCGGACGAGCUUCGUAUUCCCGGCGGCGUCUUCAUGCUAGGCAACGUGCCGCACGAUUGGCUUUUCAAGCACGUCUCGUGCGUCGUUCAUCAUGGCGGCGCAGGAACCACAGCAGCAGGCAUUACCGCAGGCCGGCCAACUCUAGUCGUUCCCUUCUUUGGAGACCAGCCUUUCUGGGGCGCCAUGGUUGCGCGAGCAGGCGCCGGCCCCGAUCCAAUCCCUCACAAAGAACUUACAGCGGAAAAGCUAGCCGAUGCCAUCAACUUAUGCCUGAAACCCGAAAGUCUGGAUCGCGCCAAAGAACUCGCAAGCAAGAUCGCGGCGGAGCGAGGCAGCGACAUGGGUGCUCAGUCGUUUCAUCAAUAUCUUGAGGCUGACCGACUCCGUUGCACUCUUGCACCUUCUCGACCUGCUGUUUGGCGCAUCAAACGCACCCAGGUCAGGUUGAGUGCUUUUGCUGCCUGUACUUUGGCAAAUGCAAAUCUUUUGGACUUCCAUGACUUGAAGCUCUUUCGACCACAAGAACAUUACACUGACGAGGGUCCUUGGGACCCAAUAUCCGGAGGUACUAUGGCAUUUGCUGGGGCGUUCGGCAGCAUGCUAAUGGGGGUGGUCGAUUUUCCCUCAGAGACGUUGAAAGCUUUGCAUAUUCCGUCUGGGUCCAGUCGAAAGCAGUCCCAAGCAUCAGUGCCGAAAAUCGCAAGGAAAAGCGAGACCUCACAUGUGGAGGAAUGGUCAACUCCGGCAACUUUGUCCGAACAAAGUCAGACGAGCUUGGAUGUGCAGGAAUCUCUUGUUCGUGCUCGGAGCCCUCCCGAUCUCUCCAGUCUGUCGUCUCCCACUUCCAACAUUGGAUCAAGCUCUGUGGCCAAUAUACUGCAAGGCCAGUUGAGUCUCAAACAAGCCGACGCUAGCCGAAGUCGAGUCCGCAGUCGAAAUGAUUCUGGCUCCGGCCAGGACCGUGACAUGCUGCGCCAGACUGGUGCACACACGAGCAAAGGCCUCGGGCGGAUCGUAAAGGCGAUUGUUCAGGGACCCAUGGAAAUCUCAGUGAGCUUUACCAAAGGGCUUCACAAUGUCCCUAAGCUUUUGGGAGACGAUACCGUGCGCCCUCAAGAACAAGUCAGUGAUUUCAGGUCAGGCGCCAAAGCAGCAGGAAGAGAGUUUGGUCUUGGCUGGUACGAUGGCGUUACUGGGCUGUUUACUCAGCCCUGGAAAGGCGCCCAGAAAGAGGGUACUACCGGCUUCUUAAAAGGAAUCGGCAAAGGGAUCGGAGGAUUUCUGACCAAACCAACCGCAGGUCUCUUUGGCAUCCCCGGUUAUAUGAUGAAGGGGGUACACAAAGAGGUACAGAAAUUAUUCGGCAGCAAUGUACAGAAUCAUAUCGUUGCGUCCAGGACAGCUCAAGGAUACGACGAGUGGCUGCAGAGCUCCGAUGCAGAGAAGCAAGACGUCAUCGUUCGGUGGGGGCUGAUCCAUAAAUACCUGAAGAAAAGACUCGAUCCUGACGAGAUGAUGCGAGAUGUUCUGGAAGCACAGCGAAAGAAGAACAUGGAGGAUAAAGAGGACCGCCAAAAUUGCGGACGUACCGCGAGUGCCGCUCAGUCCGCCAACAGUGCAGAUGCUCCAACUCAAGUUCCCCAAAGUGUCAUACUCGCCGCGAACGGUUCACAGUCUCCUCUGCGCCCUGCCAACACGGACUCCGAAGAAUCGCUGGGAGCGGUUGACAUAAACGAAACCAUCCGACUGUCAACUCAGGAAAUGUCAUGUGGAGACGCAGAAGAAGAUGCGGAUGUGGAGCGGGCGGUUCAGGGAAAUGUGUCUCAGCUUCAGCGCCAACAGCUAGAAGCCGCAGGUCAUCAGGCAGACCAAGAGAAUCUGUGCCAAGCGGUGGCGGCCAGCGAAGCCGAAGCUCAGCGACAUGCAAAGGAAGCAAUGGAAUAUGAGAUACAGCUGAAGCGAGUCAUGGCGCAGAGUCUAAGGGAACAGAGACAGAGGGGCAGCAACAGUGAGUGGGAGUCGGUUAUGGGUAUCGAUGACGAGGAAGAAGAGGAGUUUCAGCGGGCAAGAGGAAAACCUGAAAAGAUGGCGGAGAAGGCGGAAGCCGUGGCUGGUGGGUUAUCAGGCUUCCAGCGACUCCCUUUGUAUGAUCCAGGGCACCUCGCGGGCACCACGCAAAGUGAGUUUGACAUGCAACAACAGGGACAGCAUAGGGAGAAAACGACACAAGAGAAGACGGAAGAAGAGGUUGUGAUGGAGUACGUGAAGAAGCAAAGCCUUUUGGAAGCGCAGCAUCAGAACAAGGGCAAGGGUCGUGCCACAGCGACAGAGGCUACAGACGAUGAAGACUUGCAAAAGGCAUUGAAGUUGAGCAUGCAAGAACACGAACAUAAUGCGGAGUAUCGGUACGGGGAAGCUUCAGGGACGUGCGUGGGACCUCACAAGGCAGCCAAUACGAGUUGGCCUGCACGGUAG